GUAUGUGUGUAUAUUCUCCCUGUGGGGAAACCCUCAGCCCAGGUGUCUGAACACCUGUAGGCAUCAACAUGAUGAGACUGGAUUAGUGGGCGGGGCUUCGGCGGGUCAUAUUUCAGGCUGAAAACGGGCGCGCGCUCAGCCGGAGCUGUUUCUCCUUUUAUUUUAUUUUAUUUUAUUUAUUCUCUCCCCCAAAGCGCGGUGUAUACGCUCCUAUUUAAUUCUAAUGCAAGCAUGAUUUUGAAGGUUUAUUCACUUUGUGCGGUGAUUCACCUGGUUUCAUCUUUAACUGUUGACAUCCCACUCCCAAAAUAUGAAUUUGCUCGUGGUGGUGACGCGGUUUUACCAUGCUUCUUCAAACCCCUAAAACCAACAAAUCCUUCAAUCUUCAUCACAUGGACUGUACAUGCAGAUAAUACUGAAGAUGCUGAUCUUGACAUCCUGACGUACUACCACUUCUCAAGUACGCCUCCUCAACUGGAUAUCAAUGAGGACUAUAUUAAACGAGCAUCAUUCCUGCCAGACAUUCCUAAUGGAUGGGCCAACCUGACCCUCGCAUCUCUAACGUCGAAGGACUCUCGAGUGUUUCAGUGUGAAGUAAAAAUUCCUUCUGACACCCAGGGAAAACAAGCAGACACCACUUCACUUGUGGUUUUGGUGGCUCCUUCCAAGCCCAUCUGCACUAUUCAGGGUACAGCAGAGUUUUACCAGAACAUCAGCCUGACCUGUGUUUCAACGGAGGGCACGCCAACACCGACAUACAAGUGGCAAAGAUAUGAUGUCAGUAAUAAUCCCAAAGAAAAUCCACCCAAAGCCACUGAUGUGAAUGGAGUUUUGUCCCUUUAUAAUAUUUCCGUGGACACCAGUGGUUAUUACAUCUGCACCUCCACCAAUAAAAUUCGCUCCGAAUCCUGUAAUCUGACUUUGUCCGUCAUGCCAUACUCUAUGAAACUCGGCUCUACAGCAGGAAUAAUCGGAGGCUGUGCAGCUGGUCUCAUUAUCCUGAUUGUUGUUGCUUGUUGCUGCUACCACCGAAGGAAAAAGGCAAAACAUGUUGAGUAUGCCAUGGGAUCACAAGAGCAUGUUGAGUACACUGAUGUAGAGCCGCAGAAGAUUGAAAUGCGUGAAGAGAGGCACGUCGAGGGCAAAGCAGACAUGCGUGACGAACAAGAAGAGGGCAGUGAGCCCUAUGAUGACCGGCGAGAUCGUGACAAACUGCAAAGCCGGCCAGACAACCGGCAGUAUGACCCUGAACGCUAUGACGACCGGCGCUCUGACCGAUAUGACGACCGGCGCUCUGACCGAUAUGACGACCGAUAUGACGACCGGCGCUCUGACCGAUAUGACGACCGGCGCUCGGACCGUAAUGACGACCGGCGCUCGGACCGUAAUGACGACCGGCGCUCGGACCGUUAUGACGACCGGCGCUCGGACCGUUAUGACGACCGUCGAAGCGACUACGAUGACCAUCGAAGCGACUACGAUGACCGAAGAAGUGAUCGAUAUGAUGAUCGACGAGGCGAUCGGUAUGACGACCGUCGUCGGGACCGCCUUGAUGAUCGCAGUAGACCUCCAAUUAUUCCUGCUAAUAAGCCCACUAGAGGCUAAGUGGUCCUGCAGGAGCUGCUUUUUAAAAUAUAUUUUUAAGCUCCUAAAAUAUCCAAAAGGAGGGUUUUUUUUUUUUUUUUUUUUAAAAAGAAAAGAUGAGCCGAUUUGAAGAAAACAUAGGUGUGUACUGCUGUUCUACACAUGGCUUUGUUACCAUUCAAGCCUUUGAAAGUAGGUAGCAAUAUUAAAUCUUUUUAUAAACGACUUGUAGUCUAUGUGGGACUUUUGGGUGAUGGGUAAUUAUAAAUAUUUUAAUGUGUUACUGUGGUAAUAAUGACUAGUCUAAAAUGGCUCUAGAUGGUUAUGGGUUGUCUCAGGAAUUGGGAUCGAAUGAGAUUUAACUACAAAUGUCUGUGUUAAAUAAUUAUACCCAUUCUAUGGCUUCCCUAGACCAUUAAAACAAAUCCAUUUCGUUGUUAUUCUGUACUGAAGUUGACUUUGCUAAUAAAUAAAUGCUGAUAUUUUUA